GAUUCAUCCACGUGUACAUCGUCGUCCAUUUACGAUCAACGAACGACAACCCAUAGUCGCAAUCCUAUUUAUAUAUUGCAUAUCUAAGAAAUUCUCAUUACUUCCACAUUCAAAUCCUAAUCCCUAUCCUCAGCCACCACCCCUAAAACAAAAACAAGAAGAAAAAGGAAACAGAAAACAACAAUAAAUCUUCAUGAUUUCAAAUUUGUGUUAACGAAAAAAAAAAAAAAAAAUCAGCCGGAAAAUGUCGGCUCCAAAAUCUACGGAAGGCGGGGUCCGGUCGCCGCUGCUGGGAGCGUCGGCGGAGGCGGAGAGAUUGUGCAUGGACGACAUGCUGAAAAAGUAUUGCGGCGAGUUUGGGUGGUGGCAGCUGCGGCACUUUGUCCUAACGAGCAUGGCGUGGGCGCUGGAGGCCUUCCACACCAUGGUCGUCAUCUUCGCCGACCGCGAGCCGGCCUGGCGGUGCAUAGACGGAGCUUGCUCGCCGGAGGCUACGACCGUGUGCGGCUUGGAGCCCGGCUCGUGGGAGUGGAUCGACGGCGCAGGGAGCUCCACGGUGGCGGACUUCGGGUUGGUUUGCUCCGAGAAGUAUAAGGUGGGGUUGGUUCAGGCCUUGUUUUUCGGCGGCUGCAUGAUAGGUGCUGGCGUAUUCGGGCAUCUCUCGGACUCAAAAUUGGGAAGGAAAGGGUCUCUAGUAGUGGUAUGCAUCAUGAACGCCAUCUUCGGUUGCCUAACCGCUCUCUCCCCAACCUACCUCAUCUAUGCCGUCUUCCGCCUCCUCACCGGCUGCAGCACCGGCGGCGUCGGCCUCUGCGCCUUCGUCCUCGCCACCGAGCCCGUCGGCCCCACCAAGCGCGGCGUCGCCGGCAUGUCCACCUUCUACUUCUUCUCCGGGGGCAUCGCCGCCCUCUCCGGCAUCGCCUACGUCUUCCAGUCGUGGCGGUCCCUCUACAUCGCCACAUCCAUCCCCUCCAUCCUCUUCCUCGUCUUCGUCCUCCCCUUCGUCUCCGAGUCCCCGCGCUGGUCCCUCAUCCGGGGCGACGUCGCCUCCGCCAUGAAAACCAUGCGCGCCAUCGCCAAGUCCAACGGCCGCAAGCUCCCCGACUCCGCCGUGCUCGCCCUCGACGAGGAUGCGAGCAAAAUGGAAGCGGCGGAAUCGAAGGAGGCCAUAACCGGAUCCCUAGUGGACGUGCUCCGAUGCCCCCUCACCCGCAUCCGUCUGUUCCUGGCGGUGGCGAUCAACUUCUUCUGCUCCGUCGUCUACUACGGCCUGAGCCUGAACGUGGUGAACCUAGGCACCAACCUCCACCUGAACGUGUUCCUGAACGCGGUGGCGGAGAUGCCGGCGUUCCUGCUGACGGCGGUGCUGCUGGACAAGUUCGGGCGGAAGCCGCUGAGCAUCGGGACGCAGUGGUUCAGCGGCGCCUUCUGCCUGGUGGGGGGGAUGAUGAAGGGGUACGGGGCGUGGAAGACCAUCCGGAUGGUGUGUGGGAUUCUGGGGAUAUUUGGGAUGGCGGGGACUUAUAACCUGCUGUUUAUCUACACGGUGGAGCUGUUCCCCACGGUGGUGAGGAACGCGGCGCUGGGGUGCGCGACGCAGGCGGCGCAGCUGGGGGCGAUACUGUCGCCCUUCGUGGUGGUGAUGGGGGAGCGGAUACCGUUUCUGGUGUUUGGGGUAUGCGGGAUCGCGGGAGGGACUCUUGCGUUUCUGCUGCCGGAGACGUUGAAUCGGCCGUUGUAUGAUACCAUGGCGGGGAUGGAAGAGGGAGAGGGAGAGGGAGAAGGACAAGAACAAGCUGCCGCAGCUCUCUUGAGUUGACAUUAAUCAUUCACUAUACGUUUUUCUUUACCAACUAAAUCACAAUUCGAAUUAUUCUUUCGGAAUUUUGUUGAGAACAACGGUCCUUUUCUUUGGUGCGCA